AUGCCUCAACCCGGCGCCACCAAUAUCCUCGUCAUCGGCGCCGGCAUAACCGGCCUGAGCACGGCAACUCUACUCCAAAGGCACUUCCCGACUGCCAAAAUCACCAUCGUCGCCGCCGAAACGCCCACUACACCGUCCCCGUCGGUGGACUAUGCCUCCAGGUGGGCUGGCGCACACUACCGGCCAAUCCAUCCACUUUCCACGAAACAACUCAGAAAGGAAUUCAGAAUGGGGGUUCGGACGAGGGAGGUUAUGGCAGGUAUCGCCCGAGACUUUCCAGAUUCGGGAGUAGAAGUCAUGCCUGGGGUCGAGUAUCUUGAAGAUCCGCCUCGGGAGAUUUUGGAGCUCAAGACCGGGGACGAAUACGCGGGUCCAAAUGAUGACUUCCGUGUCCUGCCGCAGGAUGAGUUGCCGCACGGGGCGAAAUGGGGAUGUGAAUACCGAAGCUACUGCGUCAAUAUCUCGAGAUACUGUCGCUGGUUGAUGGACCGAUUCCUGGCAAACGGUGGACGAAUUCUUCAACAUCGUCUGUCCAACGCAGCCGAAGCAUUCAGCUUUGCGGAGCGCAAUCGAUUCGGCACAAUUUCAGUGGUGGUGAAUUGUUCUGGGAGAAAUUUCGAUCGUGAUCCCAAAAUGAAGAUCAUACGCGGUCAGACAGUUCUCGUCAGGCAACAAUACUCCAAGACAAUUACUCGGCAGAACGCUGAUGGAAGUUGGACAUUUUUAGUCCCACGACCUCGAGGUGGCGGCACCAUCGUGGGCGGAACGAAGGAGGUUGAUGAUUGGCAUGACACCCCUCGCCCGGAGACAAGGCUAGAAUUGCUUCGAAAGUCUGUUGAGAUGUUUCCCUACUUCGUCGACUCGGUAGAGAAAUUUGAGGUCGUGCAGGAUAAUGUCGGUCGAAGGCCGUGGCGGGAGGGUGGCUAUCGGAUCGAAAUCGAGUCCUUUGGACCCGGCAGAACCGUUGUCCACGGGUAUGGUGCCGGCGGCAGAGGCUAUGAGCUAAGUUGGGGCGCAGCUGAGAGAAUCCUUGAGUUGGUCAAGGAGUCUGUUGGUGCGGCUGCCCGAUUAUGA